AUGGCAGAGAAAGUGAACGUUUUUAUUGAGUACUGGAUUAAGGAUUUGUUGAUCUACCCGAACGAAAAAAUAGUGAUUUGGUUGGUGUUAUGUUACUAUGGCCAAUUCAGGGAAUUGGCUGAUACCAUUAAACAAGAAUGUCCAGAAGCUAUUGUUGAUGGUAAAACAGGAAGAACAGGGUCAUUUGAGGUCUCUGUUAAUGGAAGGGAGAUAUUUUCCAAGCUAAAGAAAGGAGGGAUGCCRGAAUUUGAUGAGAUUGUAGACUGUGUGAAAGCAGCAGGAAGAGGUGAAGAAAAGCAAGCAGAAAAUGUCCAGCCAUCAAGCUGUGUCAUACUAAAGAUGGAACACCACAUGUGGUUGUCCAGGGCACUGCAGGCGCUUUAUAUUAUUAUAUUAUGAUGUAUUGAAAUUAAUGAGGAAACAGCACUCAUUAACAUGCUUAAUGACAGUAAAUCCCUCAAGUAUAAUCUAUUGUAUGAUAGUUACCAUAGCAACAGGCAGUUAUAGCCUGACAUGGUAAAAGGAUGUAAGAUAGAAUACUGAGUGAUAUCAUAUGUAUGUGRGGAUGAUAUACAUCAUGGAAAUAAUAAAAUAAGCAUUUUGUAAUA